GUGAUUCGCUGCAGCACUGCAGAACUGUGACGCGCGUCAGCCGCAGAAGAAGAAACAUAGUUAGCGGUAGUGAGUCGCGUUCAGAGAAACAGCAGCAGAAAAAUCAUGGAGGAAACCGCGAAAAAGGAGAAAAAGCAGUCCGAGAUCACGGAGGAGAAGGACAAACAACCGGCGGGGAAAGACAAGGAGAAGAAAGAGGACCAGGAGCUGUCGGAGGAGGACAAACUGCUUCAGGAGGAGUUGGAGAUGCUCGUGGAAAGACUCGGUGAGAAGGACACUUCUCUGUACCGUCCUGCUCUGGAAGAACUGCGGCGUCAGAUUCGCUCCUCCACGACCUCCAUGACCUCGGUGCCCAAACCGCUCAAGUUCCUGCGACCGCAUUACGCCAAACUCAAGGACAUCUACCAGAACAUGGCUCCAGGAGAGAACAAGCAGUUCUGCGCAGACGUGGUGUCUGUUCUCGCCAUGACCAUGAGCAGCGAGCGAGAGUGUCUGAAAUACCGUCUGCUGGGCUCACAGGAGGAGCUCGCCUCAUGGGGACACGAAUACGUCAGGCAUCUGGCAGGAGAGGUGGCUAAGGAAUGGCAGGAGAUCGAGGAAGGCGAUAAAGCUCAACAGGAAUUGCUGCUGAAGCUGGUCAAAGAGAUCGUCCCGUAUAACAUGGCCCAUAAUGCCGAGCACGAGGCCUGUGACCUCCUGAUGGAAGUCGAGCGGCUCGACAUGCUAGACACGUACAUCGAUGAAAACGCCUACUCUAAAGUCUGCCUCUACCUGACCAGCUGUGUGAGUUACGUCCCCGAGCCGGAGAACUCGGCUCUGCUGAAAUGCGCUCUCAACAUCUUCCGCAAGUUUAACCGUUACCCAGAAGCCCUCAGGCUCGCGCUGAUGCUUAAUGACGUGGAGCUGGUGGAGAACAUCUUUACUUCCUGCAAGGACAUUGUCAUUCAGAAGCAGAUGUCGUUCAUGUUGGGUCGACACGGCAUGUUCCUGGAGCUCAAUGAAGAUGUGGAUGAUUGUGAAGAUCUGACGGAGAUCAUGUCCAAUGUGCAGCUCAACAGCAACUUCCUUGCACUGGCUAGAGAGCUCGACAUCAUGGAGCCGAAAGUGCCAGACGACAUUUACAAAACCCACCUGGAGAACAACCGGUUCGGCAGCAGCGGCUCACAGGUGGACUCCGCUCGCAUGAAUCUGGCCUCCUCUUUCGUCAACGGCUUCGUUAACGCCGCGUUCGGACAGGACAAGCUGCUCACGGAGGACGGAAACAAAUGGCUCUACAAGAACAAGGACCACGGCAUGCUCAGCGCGGCGGCGUCUCUGGGAAUGAUUCUGCUGUGGGACGUGGAUGGCGGUCUAACGCAGAUCGAUAAAUAUCUUUAUUCCUCCGAGGACUACAUCAAGUCCGGAGCGCUGUUGGCGUGUGGGAUCGUUAACUCCGGCGUUCGUAACGAGUGUGAUCCCGCUCUGGCGCUGCUGUCUGAUUACGUCCUACACAACAGCAACACCAUGAGGAUCGGGGCCAUUUUUGGUCCGUGUGUGUUUCUGCAGGUGGCGGGAGUGACGGCGCUGGCGUGUGGCAUGAUCGCUGUGGGUUCCUGUAACGGUGAUGUCACCUCCACCAUCCUGCAGACCAUCAUGGAGAAGAGCGAGCAGGAGCUCAAAGACACGUUCGCUCGCUGGCUGCCCCUCGGCCUCGGACUCAACCAUCUGGGUAAAGGUGAGGCGAUCGAGACGACUCUAGCAGCUCUUCAAGUCGUUCCCGAACCCUUCCGCAGCUUCAGCAACACAUUGGUGGACCUUCGUUACGGUGAGCCCACGUUAAGGAGGGCGGUGCCGUUAGCGCUCGCUCUGAUCUCCGUCUCGAACCCGAGGCUGAACAUCCUGGACACGCUCAGCAAGUUCUCACACGACGCCGACCCCGAAGUGUCACACAACGCCAUCUUUGCCAUGGGGAUGGUGGGCAGCGGCACUAAUAACGCGCGCCUGGCGGCGAUGCUCAGGCAGCUGGCGCAGUAUCACGCCAAAGACCCCAACAACCUCUUCAUGGUCCGACUCGCACAGGGUCUCACUCAUCUGGGGAAAGGCACGCUGACGCUCUGCCCGUAUCACAGUGACCGGCAGCUCAUGAGUCAGGUGGCUGUAGCCGGACUCCUCACGGUCCUCGUGUCCUUCCUAGACGUCAAGAACAGUAAGAGCAUCAGUACAGCGCCUGUAAUAUGUGACCUCAGACCACAAAACCAGUCAUAAAGGGUCGGUUUUUGAAAUUGAGAUGUAUAUAUCCU